AUGACAGGCAGGGCUUGGUAUCUCACGUCACACCUGAGGAAACGGAGGCCCACAGAGGCCAAGAACAAGGAGUCGGGUGACUUGGCCGCUGCCAAAGUCAUUGAGACCAAGAGUGAAGAAGAGCUGGAGGACUACAUCAUAGAGAUCGAGAUUCUGGCCACUUGCGACCACCCCUACAUCGUGAAGCUCCUGGGGGCCUACUACUACGACGGGAAGCUGUGGAUCAUGAUCGAGUUCUGUCCUGGCGGAGCUGUGGACGCCAUCAUGCUGGAGCUGGACAGAGGCCUCACCGAGCCCCAGAUUCAGGUCGUUUGCCGCCAGAUGCUGGAAGCCCUCGACUUUCUGCACAGCAAGAGGAUCAUCCACCGGGACCUGAAGGCCGGCAAUGUGCUGAUGACCCUCGAGGGAGACAUCCGGCUGGCUGACUUUGGAGUGUCUGCCAAGAAUCUGAAAACUCUGCAGAAACGAGAUUCCUUCAUCGGGACGCCUUAUUGGAUGGCCCCCGAGGUGGUGAUGUGUGAGACCAUGAAGGACACCCCGUACGACUACAAAGCCGACAUCUGGUCCCUGGGCAUCACUCUGAUUGAGAUGGCCGAGAUCGAGCCCCCACACCACGAGCUCAACCCCAUGCGGGUCCUGCUCAAAAUCGCCAAGUCGGACCCUCCCACGCUGCUCACACCUUCUAAGUGGUCUGUGGAGUUCCGAGACUUCCUGAAGACAGCCCUGGAUAAGAACCCCGAGACCCGGCCCAGUGCCGCGCAGCUCCUGGAGCAUCCUUUCGUCAGCAGCAUCACCAAUAACAAAGCUCUGCGGGAGCUGGUGGCCGAGGCCAAGGCCGAGGUGAUGGAGGAGAUUGAAGAUGGCCGGGAUGAGGCGGAAGAGGAGGACCCCGUGGAAGCCACCUCUCCUCUGGGGAACCACACUCCCGACUCUGCUGAGGUGAGUCAGGGGAGCCUCGAUGCUGACAAGCUUCCCAAGGAAUCGUCUGUCACCCCACCGCCGCCCGGCCAGCCUCAGGACAGUGUGAAUGGGCCCAGCGAGCCCUCUGGAAACAGAUGCCUCCAAACCACCAGCCCCCCAGAUGUGGCCCCUGAAAAUAAAAAUGGCCUAGCAGUGCCUGCGCCCCUCAGGAAGGCCCGACCCGUGUCAAUGGGCCCCAGAAUUCAGGUAUCCGAGAAGAAGCAAGCCGCUGACCAGGAUGGGGACAUCAGUCCAGUAGCCAUCCGGUCCCAAAAGACAAGCCAGAGCCGUCCCAACAGCAGCGCCCUGGAGAUCCUGGGCGAUGAGAAGCUGGCCAACGGCAGCCUGGAGCUCCCCGCGCCGGCGUCCCCACGCCCUUCCAAGAGGGACUCGGACUGUGGCAGCCUCUCCACCUCCGAGAGCAUGGACUACAGCUCUUCCCUCUCGGCUGACCUGUCCCUGAACCGGGAGACGGGCUCUCUGUCCAUCAAGGUAAUGCCACCUCGUGAGCCACAGGCUUGGACAGGAGAGCUGCAGGUGGUUCGGCUGCUCGGUUUUGGUCCGUCCAGGCGCCAGGAACUCCGAGAGCUUCGGCUGCUCCAGAAGGAAGAGCAUCGGAACCAGAGCCAGCUGAGCAGCAAGCAUGAGCUGCAGCUGGAGCAGAUGCAGAAGCGUUUUGAGCAAGAAAUCAACGCCAAGAAGAAGUUCUUCGACACAGAGCUGGAGAACCUGGAGCGUCAGCAAAAGCAGCAGGUGGAGAAGAUGGAGCAAGACCACGCCGUGCGCCGCCGGGAGGAGGCCAAGCGGAUCCGCCUGGAGCAGGAGCGGGACUACGCCAAGUUCCAGGAGCAGCUCAAACUCCUGAAGAAGGAGGUCAAGAACGAGGUGGAAAGGCUCCCCAGGCAGCAGCGGAAGGAGAGCAUGAAGCAGAAGAUGGAGGAGCACACGCAGAAAAAGCAGCUUCUUUCACCGUCAUUUUUAAAGUGAGAACAGAGGCUGUUACUUAGCAGCAGACGUGCAGUGACUCAGCCUUGCUGUGCUGAGCGUCCUCGGCCUCGUGCGUGCUGGGCCCCUGGCUGCGUGUGGUGGCCUCUGGCCCCUGCCCUCAGCACCGGCUGGCUGUCCCCUCAGGAGCGGGAGCAGAUGCAGCGGUACAACCAGCGCAUGAUAGAACAGCUGAAGGGGCGGCAGCAGCAGGAGAAGGCGCGGCUGCCCAAGAUCCAGAGGAGCGAGGGCAAGACACGCAUGGCCAUGUACAAGAAGAGCUUGCACAUCAGCGGGGCGGGCAACGCGGCCGAGCAGCGCGAGAAGAUCAAGCAGUUCUCCCAGCAAGAGGAGAAGAGGCAGAAGGCAGAGCGGCUGCAGCAGCAGCAAAAACAUGAGAACCAGAUGCGGGACAUGAUGGCGCAGUGCGAGAGCAACAUGAGUGAGCUGCAGCAGCUGCAGGUACUGUCCGUCCACCGCCCCCCGUUGCCUCAGUUUCCACCAAGGCAGUCAGCUCAGGGGCCAGAGACUCUACACACAGGGAAGGAUUCUCAUCAGACAAGCCCGGGGUGCAGUGGUUUCAAACCUGCUGUGCUGCAUCACAUGGGCCAAAUCACUUCACCCUCCCAAGCCACAGUUACCACAUCCGCACAAUGGGAGUGGGGUGCGGGCAGAGUCCCCAUUUUGCAGGAUUGGAGUGAGGCUUUGAAAAUGAGAUUCCUGGUUCCUGAGUUUGCUGCACCCCAGGAGCUGGAAGUUGGAGCCCCCUUGUGGUGGAGCUGCUUUCCCCUGCACCCCAUGCAGAUUGGCAUUUCCCCGGACUGUAGCCCGUGGCCACAGGACACUCCUGCUCUGGAAGAAGAUUUGAACCAGAAGAAGCGAGAGCAGGAGAUGUUCUUCAAACUGAACGAGGAGACCGAGUGCCCAAAUCCCACCACCCCAAACAAGGCCACCAAGUUCUUCCCCUACAGCUCUGCAGACACUUCCUAACAGCCACCCAGGGUGGCGGGCCUCCGGGGUCCCCCAUUCUCUGUGAACAAGUAACUCAGGACCCCCUUUCCUCUUGCUUCCAUGCCAGCUCGAAUCCAGCCCCUUGCCUGUGCCACCUCAGUGCUCCUGACUUCUCGCUCAUUCACGGAGGGCGAGGUUUUAUUAUGUAUUGCCUGAUCCUAAUAUAUGUUCUCCUUGAACCCCAGAUCCCUUAAAACUGUCAGUGAUUUGGGCUGUGUGUGUGGUCAGGGUCCAAGGAGGAAGGGGUGUUCUGUGGCCUCACGGCCCCUCCUAUUUGCCAAAAUACCAGUUUUGUUCUCUGGAUGCAAAGUGCUGCUGCUCAAGUCACUAUGGGCUCAUGCAGGCUGGAAUUCUUGGUGACUUUUCAGCCGUUCCCUGCAGUGUCAGACAAGAACCACUGCUCCUAGCAGCCAUUUUGGUUUCCAGUGGAGCCCGGCCUGCAGCCAGCGGCUUGGGGGUGCCCUCAUUUCUCCAGUUCCCCCUAGUUGCUUUCCUCUUGAGACAAGGCUGUGUCUAUAAUGGUGAGAUGGGGGAGAGCUGGAAUCGUUCAUCCUGCUGGUCUCAGGUGUUUUGUGCCAUAUCGUGUCCCCCCUUCCUACACACUCACACACACACGUAGGGCUUGGGACCCUGGCGCUACCCAGGCUUGCCUCCGCCCUGGGCCUCUUGGGCCAGGUGUGUUGGAACACGUUUGCUGCCUGAGCCACUGAGCAUGUUAGGUGGAGCCACUGGUAUGGGGCGUGCUGGGUGUUGACACCAGAGAACAAGAUGGCACAGGCGGACCUGCCCAUCUGCGAUUCCUUUUGGUCCCCACGUGAGAUCCUACGUUCACGGAUGAAUUCCUCACCACACAAGACUUUUACAGCCCAGCCUGCUCUCACCUCACAGUUGCCCAUCCUGUCUGCAGGUGAUACGCGAAGGCCGUCUGCCUGUGCCCUCCUAGGUCAGGAGUCCAGCCUCACACUUUAGGCAGAGGCAGGCAGUCACUAGGACUUCUGUUCAGGAAGCAAAGCCUCAGGGAGAAACAUAAAUGCUUCCUGCCCCCAGGAACACGGCCGAAGCAGAGCUUCUGUAUCUCAGUCGGAAUCCUGGGCCUUCGGGUCACUCCGUUGGCCCCCCCAGAUUCUGACCCCCAAGGCUGCAGUGUUGAUAACCCAAUGAAAGCAAAUGCUCAAACCAGCAUUCAGCUUAUUUACAAAGAAAACUUUUUUCACUUUGAUUUCUAACUUGAAACAAAUAUAAAUGAAUGGCUUCUUUAGGAAGAUACCUGCUUUAAAAAAGCAAGACAGAAAACAGAAGGUGAUUUUGAGGAAUCAUAUGCGCAUACUGAGUCUGGGCACUUAUUCUGCCGGUGAUAGCAUCACUGACACAGCAGGGAGGACUUUCUCCUUUACUCCUUAAGGGUAGGUUCGAUGUUUGUUUUUCUAAAGCAAUUCCCUGGAAGUCCUCUUGGCACUGGCUGUAAUCCUCCUCUGAUCUUGCGAAGGGAGGGCAGCCAUUCAACAGUGAAGGGCUUGAGGCUCCCAAGUUAUGUAUGCAGGAACGAUGCUGGGGGGGCCACAGGAAGGCAGUGGUCCUCUCAGUUUAGUGAGCACUCAGCUUGCCCGCUUCAGUAUUUGACCCAGAUGGGACAGUUUCAGGUCUCGACAAAGGAGACAAGUGAAACAAUUGUCCCCUUUGAUCCUCUUAGGUGCACAGGUGCUGGGGAAACGUGGACUGGCAGCAGUGUAACCAGAGCGCACACCCAGUCCUGCCAGGAGAGGCCAGCCCUGGCGAACGGUCGAGCAGGGCUGAGCGAGGCUGUUUACAACAUCGUCUUUGCAGCCUGGGGUGUGAGAAUGAGUCUUCCGUGAAAUGUGGUUUCGAGGCUCAGGCAAGCCUUUGGUCAUUUCCUUACUUGGCUUGUUGUUCACACUGGAAUCUCGUUCAAGAGUUGCUGCUUCCCUGCUCAGUGCCGCCCGAGCCCCAGUAGCUCCCUUGUCCUUCCUGGAUGGGGUCUGGUUGGGUCUUGCAGCCUCACGACUGAGCCAAUGUGCAAAGCCCAUCACUGAGAAGACCCACACAGUUCUCGUACCCUGCGCUACUGCUUCCUCUGUAAGGGACACACGGAACUGCUUCUCGUUUUCAGUCAAUUUAUGGCAGAGUAAAUGUAACUAACUUAUAUUUUCCCUUUAUGAAGGAUAGAAAUUAUUUUUAUGUAGUUUCCAAACUUUAUACAAGAUUUUUGUAAAAUGUUCUCUGCAAAGUUAACUGCAAGGGUGUAAAUAUACUGCUAAUAAAAUAACAAGGUGAGAAACUAUUUGCCUUUGACGUUGUUCUCUUGGAUUGGGGUAGGAAAAGCAGGACACACUUACCCACAUUUGCCAGACAAGGAAACGGUCUACUAGCUUCUGAGGACACUGAUGCCUCCCAGGUCAUACUGCAGGCCUGACUGGGGGAUUUCUGAAAGAAGUUAUGCUUGGCUGUGUGUGCACGUGUGUGUGUGUGUGUGUGUGUGCAUGUGCGUGUUUUCUAUGGACAUUUAAUUAUUCUCAUUUAACAAUAAACAUUUGACCACCAAGAGUUUGCACAUAUUAACUCACUGAAUCCUUUCAACAACCCAAGGAAGACAUUGCCAUUCCCACUUUACAGAUGAGGAAAUGGACACUGGGCAAGGGGAUGGUCAGGCCAAACCUCACGACAAGGGUAAGUGACGCGCAUGGGAUUCAAACUUAGACCGUCUAGCAGUGCUAUCUCAGCACCUCCUCUCCUGCCCCCAACUGCCCAUCACACUCAGCCAGAGCCACACAGACAUUUAGCCACUAGCCAUCUCUGCUGUAUUUAAAAGCUUUUUUCUUCCUCUAAAGUUCCAUUCAGGGGUUCUUAAUCUGGGGUUCCCAGCCCCCGACCAAGGAAUCCAUGG